CUCCACACUUAGUUCAGUGUGAAAUUUGCACCUCUGGAAGAAAGUCCAGGAAUUUAAAAAAAAAUUGGGGGGCGGUGGGGAGAAAAGAAGAGAAAUUUCUAUCUAUCUGUCUGAUCUGUCUAUCUGUCUGUAAAGAGAAGCAGAGACAGGUUUAGAUUAGACUCUUUUGUAACGGUGUGCAUUUUGUUUCGGUCAGUUGUGAUUGCGAGACAAAAGGCGUUUGGCUAACACUUGCAGUCGCCGUCUGCAAUUUUCUCAGAAAAGGGGAAAUCUUUGCAUUAGAGUGGCGCAAUGAAAGCAGUCGGUUCUGUACCUUCGCUCAAGAAAGGACCGGGCUGCGGCGAGAUGGCAUUACGCUGCCUGUCAGAGCACAGUCUCAGCAUCGCUCGCUGUAAGAUGGAAGAGGAGACCAUGAACCUGCAGUACGACAUGAAGGAUUGCUACUCCAAGCUCAAGGAGCUGGUCCCCACGAUCCCCCAGAAUAAGAAGGUGAGCAAAGUGGAGAUCCUGCAGCAUGUGAUCGACUACAUCCUGGAUCUGCAGCUGGCGCUGGAAACGCACCCGGCGCUGAUGAGACCACAGCCUGCGAGCUGCCCAUCGGCUCCCCGCACCCCUCUGACAGCCCUCAACACCGAGCAGGCUGGCUCCAAAGUCAAAAGGCAAGAGGACAGCGUCCUGUGCCGUUGAGGUGACUAACGCUGUGUGAGGUGAGGUAGGUUGUGCCCGACGAACCGCGCGCACGAGCACAGACCAGAACGAGAGGGCGAGAGAGCGAGAGAAAGAAAAAGAAA